CGAACUCUAGAAUAUGAAUAAAUAAGAAACGAGAAAGAAAGUCUGAAAUCCCACACGCACUUUUCAUCGGCCUUUAUAGCCUUUGAAGUUCGCUCCACGAUUCCUCACAGAAGAUAAAAAGAGAGAGAGAGAGAGAGAGUUUCGUUCAUAACAGAAACCACAAUGGCGUCAAUGAAUUUAUUCUCCGCCGUUUCCGCCACCUUUGACGGCCGAACUCCGAGCACCUAUCUCCCCCGGCGGCGACCAAUCUCCGUCCCUUUCGCCGCCUCUUCGCCGGAAUCUGCUCCCGAAAUAGAGCUCGAGUUCAUCGCGCCGAAAGCGGAGAGUGAGGUGGAGAAAGCGAAAGCAAUGAGCGGAGAGAAGCUGUUGAGGAACAUCAUGUUGGAUAACAAGAUCGAGCUUUAUGCCACAUAUGGGAAGUUGAUGAACUGCGGGGGAGGUGGUAGCUGUGGAACUUGUAUCGUAGAGAUUAUUGAAGGAAAGGAACUUUUAAAUGAAAGAACAAAUACUGAACUCAAAUAUCUAAAGAAGAAACCCGAAUCUUGGAGGCUGGCAUGUCAAACUAUUGUUGGAAAUAAAGAAAACUCUGGCAAGGUUGUAGUUCAAAGGAUUCCUCAAUGGAAGAAGUAAUAGUCCAUGUCAAGCAAGAUCUCUUGAUUCUUAAAAAGAAAAGCUCAUAUGAUCUUCCUUGAUUUAUCAUAAAAGCACCAUUACAAAUCAUUGAUGUUUGCAUCAUAAACUUAUGAAAACUUUAGCUUUGGUUUUUAAUGAAAACUUGUAGUUGCAAAUAUCUAUUUCCUUUCAUGUUUUGUAAUGCUAACCACUUGGUUUUUGUUUUUUAGGUUAGGGUAUAAACAUUUGUUGUAUAACAAUACUAUGUAUGCUUUAUCUAAAACAAUAAGGCAAUAUGUAGGUUAUGUGCAAAGAAUGCAUAAAAGAGAGAACAGAAAUAGCCAUUACAAUUUUCAUAAAUGUAUGAGACGUUAUCUAAGAA